UUUAUUAGUCUCUAAAAGGCGGUGGACAGAAAAUUUGCUUUGGCUUCUUCAUUUAUUGGUAUCCUCGAAGGUUGAUUAUAUAAAGGUACCAAGAAAGAGCGUGAUGCAGCGCAUUCACAAAGUAUUCCUUUUGGCUUGCGGUUAAGAUUCCUCAAGACAAAACCCUCAUCUUCUUCUUCAACAAAUCCCCGCCGCCAUCGCCAAACAAGAUAUGGGAAGCUCACAGGAACAUAUAGUGCUGUUGCCUUUUAUGGCACAAGGCCAUUUAAUACCUUUUCUGGGCUUAGCUAAGCAAAUCCAACAAAGAUUUGGCUUCACCAUAACCAUUGCCAGCACCCCUUUAAAUGUUACCUAUCUCAAAUCUACCAUAGCCAAGGCUUCAACUGUAACAUCACAAAUACAUUUAGCGGAGCUUCCUUUUAACAGCACUGAUCAUGGCCUACCACCCAAUACCGAGAACACAGAGGCCUUGCCUUUAACUCAAAUUGUGAACCUUUUUCAUUCCUCAACUGCCCUCGAAGCUCCAUUUCGCAGCCUCGUAAAUGAAAUCACUGUCAAAGAUGGGCAGCCUCCACUAUGCAUAAUCUCUGAUUUUUUCAUGGGAUGGGCUACUGAUGUCGCCAAGUCUUGUGGAACUGUGAAUGUGUCUUUCACCACAGGGGGUGCCUAUGGCACUGCAGCUUAUAUGUCUUUGUGGCAGCAUCUCCCGCACCGUUCAACCGGGGAAGACGAGUUUUGUCUACCGGGAUUUCCAAAUUCGUCCCGGUUCCAUGUAUCCCAGCUUCAUCAAUAUCUGAGAGAUGCAGAUGGUACUGAUCCAUGGUCCAGGUUCUUUCAGCCUCAGAUCUCACUUUCUUUAGGAUCUUUUGGGUGGUUGUGUAACACUGUUGAAGAAAUAGAGCCAUUAGGCUUAGAUGUGCUUAAGAAAAACAAAAGACUUCCUAUUUGGUGCAUUGGACCUCUCAUCCCACCAAGAAUGCUGAGCACAGAAUCUUCUUCAGCUUCGGGUUCAAGAAUAAUUGGGAGACAUGCUGGGGUAGAACCAGGAGUGUCUCCUGAUAGAUGCCUUGAAUGGCUAGAUAUGCAUUCAGAACAAUCAGUUCUUUACAUAUCUUUUGGUUCCCAAAACACCAUCGGUCCAUCGCAAAUGAUGGCAUUGGCUACGGGUUUGGAGGAUAGUAAAAAGCCAUUCAUUUGGGCCAUAAGACCUCCUGUUGGUAACAACAUAAGAGGUGAAUUCAAACCCGAAUGGCUGCCACAAGGGUUUGAAGAAGAAAUGGCGAAGACAAAGCAAGGUCUUCUAGUACACAAAUGGGCACCCCAGUUGGAGAUUUUAUGCCACAAAUCAAUUGGUGCAUUUAUAAGCCACUGUGGAUGGAAUUCAAUCAUGGAGAGUUUGAGCCAGGGGGUGCCGAUAAUCGGGUGGCCUUUGGCGGCUGAGCAGGGCUAUAACUCAAAGAUGCUAAUGGAAGAAAUGGGUGUGUCUAUAGAGUUAACCAGGGGACUACAGUCUAUUAUUACCAAAGACGAUGUGAAGAGGGUGAUAAAUAUUGUAAUGGAUAGAGGAGGUAAAGGAAAGGAGAUGAAGAAAAAGGCUGCCGAAAUCGGAGAGUUAAUAAGAGCAUCUGUAAAAGAAGAUGGAAGCUUUAAAGGGUCGUCUAUUAAAGCAAUGGAUGAUUUUGUAUCUGCCCUUCUCUCUACCAAGGGGAAGGGUCUCAUAAUUCCCAAUGGAAUUUAAAUAUAUGCAUAACUUUUUCCUCCUCUUAAGCACUUGCAUUUAGACCUCUCUUAUUAUUUAUCCCAUAGACAAGAAAGUCUUUUUAAUAAAUUGAUUUUUAUCAACUUGUAAGACAAGAAUCCACUCAUUUUAAUCCAUCUAAAGGGAGGAACUUUUGGAAAUUACUGCAUUAUAAUGGUUAAAACGAUAACGUUUCAACUUUA